AUGGCUAACGAUUCACAGCAACUUGGUUUAAUAGAAAAGAACUCCCAUUUAAAUUAUCUACGUGAUUUUCGUGUUGAACAAUGUCAAUUAUUUCUUCAACAUAAAUGCACACAACAUCGUCCAUUUUCAUGUUUUUAUUGGCAUUUUCAAAAUCAACGUCGUCGUCGACCAUUUCGACGAAAAGAUGGAACAUUUUCAUAUGAUCCUGAUUUUUAUUGUAAUGAUUAUGAUGAACAAAGUGGCGUUUGUUCCAAUGGUGAUGAUUGUCCACUUUUACAUCGAAAUGCCAAUGAUACAGAAAAACGGUAUCACUUACGUUAUUAUAAAACAGGUUUAUGUACUCAUGAGUCUGAUGCAAAGGGACAUUGUCUUAAAAAUGGUGCACAUUGUUCAUAUGCUCAUGGUGCAAAUGACUUACGACAACCAGUUCUCGAUAGUCGAGAGAUACAAAAUAGUGAUUUAGCGUUAGAACGACUUACACGCUUAUGUAUUAGUUUAGAAAAUGAACGAGCUUUAAACGAUGAUCCGAAAUGGAGUGGUAAGAAACAAAUGUACUCAAUGUAUUUAUUAAAACCAUAUGAUUUAGAUUCACAUUAUGUACUUGCAAAUUACAAAACAGAACCAUGCAAACGUCCACCACGUUUAUGUCGACAAGGUUAUGCUUGUCCACAAUAUCAUAAUCCUCGUGAUCGUAGACGAAAUCCAUCAAUAUUUAAAUACAAAUCAACACCAUGUCCACAUGUUAAACAAAGUGAUGAAUGGAUUGAUCCAACUGUAUGUGAAGUCGGUGAUAGCUGUAAAUAUUGUCAUACACGUACUGAACAACAAUUUCAUCCUGAGAUCUAUAAAUCAACGAAAUGUAAUGAUGUUUCAGUAACUGGUUAUUGUCCACGUGGACCAUUUUGUGCUUUUGCUCAUAUUGAACAGGAAUUAAAAUCAUACAGAGAUUUCGAUCUUCACUAUACUAAUGAAUUACCGUUAUCAUCUUUUAUACCAAUACCUGAAGACAAAGAAGUAGACGAUAUUGACACAUUACUAUCAACAAGAAACAUUCCGAAAAAACCUUCUCAAUCAUUGAUAUUCGAAGUUGGAUCGUAUCCAGGUGCCGCUAUGAAAACAAUGGAACAACACCUAGCCGAUAAACAUUCAUUACUAACAAAUAAUUCUGGUAGUGGUUCAUUUUCAAUUCAAGAAAUGCUUACACAACAAUCUCCAUCAUCAUCUCAACAAUUGUUUCAUCACUAUAAUCCAAAUCCACCAUUACCAUCGACAUCAUCAGUUCUAAAUGAACAAUUUCUUUUAUCAGCUGCUGCACUUGCUGCUAGUCAUUCUUAUCCUCCACCAUCAUCAUUUCUAUCAUCACUUGCUGCAUCAAAUCUGUUAUCCUCUCUAAAUGCACAUAUGCAUUUAUUAUCAACCGAACAACAAGUAACAACAGCACCACCAACAACAACACCAACGUCAAAUUUUUUAAGAAAUUUUAAUGAUAAUUAUAAUGAAAAACAAAAAUUCCGUGAUCACCAAGCAUCACCAAUUGAUGUUAAAAAUUUAAUUGGUUCAUCAUUAACAGCUCUUGGAUUAGAUAAUUUUAAUGCAGAUGACUUUGAUAAAGCAGCAAUGAAUGAAAGAAAUAGUGCAUUUUUAUUAAUCGAUGAUGAUAUUGAAAGUUUUGAACGUUCAAAAACGCCAGCAACAAAUAAUACAUCACCAAUACAUACAAUAACAAUACCAUCAUCAACAACAAAUCCAAUGACGAGACCAGUUAAUAUUCCACAUUCGUUUACAAAAGAACGUUUUUCACUUUCAUCGUCAGCGAAAUCACCAUUUGAUGCCCCCUAUCAAUUCUUUGAUGGACCAUUACAAUCGCCUAUUGAUACUCCAUUUCCUGAACCAUCAACAUCAAGCGGUGGUACUCAUCGUCCUGGUGAGCUGUAUAAAAUGGCCGGUUUUAGUCAAGAUUUACCCAGAUCAUCGCAUCAUAUACAACCAACAUCACCACAAUUAGCAUUUCAUCGUAUUAGUAUACCUAAUAAUAACUCUUUGUCUCCGUCAUCAUCUUCAACUGAAAUGGAUCUAAUGAGAAAUCGUGUAUUACAAAUGCAAACAUUAGCAAUGACAGAAAAAGAAUCAUCUGAUCAUUGGCGUCGUGAAGCUGAAGAUAAUCAUAGGUUAGUUGUUCAACUUGAACAAGAAAAGAAUCGUGCAAUACAACAACGCGAUGAUGCUCUUCGUCAAUUUGAACAAAUGCGUCAUUUACUUAUACAUAACAUGCGCUUAUUACCAAGUGAUAAUGACUUAUUGCAGUUAACACUUGAUGAUGUUCGAUCAUUACAAGCACGACUUCAACAGGAGUUAUCGAAAAUUACAAAUAUUGAACAAACAAAAUCAAAUAAUACUCAACAAAUUGCAUCCGAUGCUAUUGCUAGUGCAUCUUCUGGGACACCUCCAACAACAUCAACUUCAUCUGUAUCACCUCGUCAACGACAUCAUAAAAAUCAAACUGGCAAACACGUUUUAGUAUCUUCAUCGUCUAAACAUUAG